AUGACAUCCAAUCCUCCACAACAAAUCCGUCCGAUUAUUGAAUGUUUUUGUAAAAUUUUAUCUUUCUAUGGAUUUACACCAAUCACACCUGAAAUCUUUCGCUUGGCCAAGUUUAAUCGUAACGAAGCUACUAUUCCAAUAUGGCGUCUGAUAUUUGAAAUCUUGCAUUUCGAUCCGACCAAAGCGAAUCAGCAACACAGUAUUGAUAAAUUUAAUCAAACACAAAAAGAUGAAUUAGUCUUUCUAAUGAAAAAUGAUUUAUUCACACGUGGUUAUACUUACGAACAUUUCCUCUCGCUUGAUAGUACGAUGCAAAAGGGCAGUCGACAAUUACUCAUUUGUCUUGGUUGGCUGAUCUAUCAUGUGAAAUUGAUUGAAACAUGUAUGGAAUCAUGUUUAAACAAUGAUUCGAUCUUGGAUUAUGAUGAUACCAGUUCUCUUCAUCCGACGGAUAAUGGCAGCGAACGAGUGAACAAUUCGUUUGAAAAGAAAGGUCUUAUUGAUCAAGUAAAACAAGCCAUGCAUUUAAAUUCGAAAUUGCGUUUUGGUUUGCGACGACUGCACGGAUUGGUGAUUGAAAAUACAACCUUGCAGCAUCAGAUUCAUCAAUGCCACAACAUGUCUUCGCUCGAAGCACAUCUUUGUCAACAUCCUCAUUUGUUGUCUCAUUACAUGAUCGAACUGGAAAACGAGCACCAAAAGUUGAACUACUUUCUCUUUUGGAACGAACAUGAAAAUGUCUUUUGGAAAUGGAUGGAAAGUGUACUUGACCAACCAUCGGUCGUGGAAGACGAGAGUGACGAUAAUCAAGAUGAAAAUGAAGACAAAUAUGAGCCCCUACGACAAGUUGAUUGUCAACGUUUAGAAGCAGAACGACAGAAGUUUAAUGCAGCUAUCGACACACUCGACAGCGCUCUCGUCCGGCUUCAGCAACUAUGCUUAUCAAAUAACGAUCACGCGUCGAUUACACAGGAUGUUUCAUCGAUUUUGAAUUCCAUUGAUACUCAGGUUUCUUCACUGUUCAAUCAAUUGCUUGCAAGUAAUCCGUCGAUACUUCCAAAAUCGUCGACACUAUCAUCUCAAACAUUUUUUCUUCAUCAACCACAUCGCCUAGUCUAUACGAACAAAGCCGAUUCUCAAGAUGUAAAUCGCUUCAUAAAACCAAUCGAUUUCGAUCGUGAAACGACGUGUCUGAAUACUUUACAAACAAAUAUCGAUCAACAGAUCGACAAACAACGUACAAUACUUGAUAAACUUUCUCAUAAAUUUCAAAAUGUUAUGAUUGUCUGA